AUGAACCACCAGAACCGUAAGUCAAAUGAAGACACUCUGUUUGAUAUUGAUUUUUUGGAUGAUGAAUUCACCAGCGCUCCUCGUACAGACUCAAGCGCCGGAAACCCAUUCCAACAGGCCCAAGUGGUAGACUCUGACUAUGACCUUCUGGAAGACAUUCGCCGUGGAACAAUACCCGAAGAAACUAUUGAUCUUGACCGGCAUUCAGCGAACCUGCCACAUGAAGACAACAUUGAGAACGACAUCAUACAGAACCCAUUUUUAGGUGAAGAAGGGUUAAAUGAUCAUAGUCAAGGAAUCCACAGAGCCCCAAAAAAAAGAUCAGGGUUGCGCAAUGUGUUUCGCAAAUUCAAUUUUGGGCUUAUAGGCAACAAAAAUAGGAACAAUUAUCAAGGUUUCGAAAUGCAUAGUUAUGACGAUCUGGGGGCGGAAGACAGGUAUGCGAGAUCAAGAAACAAAUUUGACAUAAAAGUUCUUUUCAGACGUUUCAUCCUUCGUCGAAAUGAACUUUCUGAUGAAGACAAAAGCUCUCCCCGCCAGAUAUUCAUCAAUGAUAGGGAAGCUAACAGAGCCCGCAGUUAUGGAGAUAAUCAUAUUUCGACAACCAAGUACAACCUUGCAACUUUUCUUCCAAAAUUUUUAUUUCAAGAAUUUUCAAAGUAUGCUAACCUAUUUUUCUUGUUUACCUCUGCAAUCCAGCAAGUUCCUAAUGUCACGCCAACAAACCGCUACACAACCAUCGGCACUCUGCUUAUAGUGCUUAUUGUUUCUGCUGUGAAAGAAAUCGUGGAAGACCUCAAAAGGGCAAAGUCUGACAAUGAGCUGAACGACUCACGAGCCGAAAUAUUCUCUGACCAACUUCAGGACUUUUCAUUAAACAAGUGGGUCAACAUCUCCGUUGGAGACAUUAUCAAGGUUAAAUCAGAAGAGCCUGUUCCUGCAGAUAUGAUUGUCAUAUCUUCGUCUGAACCAGAGGGCCUUUGUUAUAUUGAAACUGCUAAUUUAGAUGGCGAGACGAACCUCAAGAUUAAACAAGCCAAAGUUGAAACUUCCAAGAUCAUUGAUACUGCUGAGCUUGCGCGAAUGAGGGGCAAAGUUUUAUCAGAGCAUCCCAACUCGAGUUUAUAUACCUAUGAAGGAACAAUGACAUUAAACGGGAAAAAUAUUGCUUUGACUCCAGAACAGAUGGUUUUGAGAGGCGCUACAUUAAGAAACACCGCAUGGGUCUAUGGUCUUGUUGUAUUUACUGGUCAUGAAACUAAACUGAUGCGCAAUGCUACUGCAACACCAAUCAAAAGAACGGCCGUUGAGCGUGUGAUCAACAUGCAAAUUGUAGCCCUAUUUGGUGUGCUUAUCGUUCUGGCUCUGAUUUCUUCAAUUGGUAACGUCAUAAAAGUUACCAGCGAUGCAAAGCACCUAGGAUAUCUUUACCUCCAAGGAACAAACAAAGCUGGUCUCUUUUUCAAAGAUAUACUAACGUACUGGAUUCUUUUUUCAAAUCUAGUUCCAAUUUCUCUGUUUGUGACAGUCGAGAUGAUCAAAUAUUAUCAGGCUUACAUGAUAGCAUCAGACCUGGAUCUUUAUGAUGAGGCGACAGACAGCCCCACAGUAGUCCGCACCUCUUCUCUGGUAGAAGAACUGGGUCAGAUAGAAUACAUUUUCAGUGAUAAGACCGGAACUUUAACAAGGAAUGUUAUGGAGUUUAAAUCUUGCUCAAUCGCUGGCAAAUGCUACAUUGAAACAAUUCCUGAGGAUAAAACCCCCACGAUGGAGGAUGGGAUUGAAGUUGGCUACAGAAAGUUUGAAGAAAUGCAAGAAAAGCUUGGUGAACACAGUGAUCCAGAGUCCGGGGUAAUCAAUGAUUUCCUUACUCUUUUGGCUACAUGCCAUACUGUUAUCCCUGAAUUCCAAGAAGACGGUUCAAUAAAGUACCAAGCUGCGUCCCCUGACGAAGGCGCGUUGGUCGAAGGGGCUGCGAGUUUAGGUUACAAGUUUAUUGUUCGUAAACCAAACACUGUUGCAAUUGUGCUGGAAGGAUCAGGCCAAGAACAGGAAUACCAGUUACUAAAUAUCUGCGAAUUCAAUUCAACUAGAAAGAGGAUGAGCGGCAUUUUCAGGAUGCCAGAUGGGCAGAUAAAAUUAUUUUGCAAAGGCGCUGACACUGUUAUUUUAGAAAGAUUGAGUGAAUCAGGAAACCCUUAUGUCGAGGCAACAUUACGUCAUUUGGAGGAUUACGCGGCUGAAGGACUGAGAACCUUGUGUCUUGCAACUAGGACCAUACCAGAGUCCGAAUACUCAGAAUGGAAAGCCAUAUACGAUGAAGCAUCAACAACAUUGGACAAUAGAACCCAAAAAUUAGACGAUGCUGCUGAACUGAUUGAACGCGACUUGCAUUUAAUUGGUGCAACUGCUAUUGAGGAUAAGUUGCAAGAUGGCGUUCCCGAGACAAUUCAUACUCUCCAAGAUGCGGGGAUCAAGAUAUGGGUACUGACUGGUGACCGGCAGGAAACCGCCGUCAACAUUGGAAUGAGUUGUCGCUUACUAAGUGAAGACAUGAACCUGCUUAUCGUAAAUGAAGAAACAAGAGAAGCAACGAAGAAAAACCUAGUUGAAAAACUGAAAGCAAUCAGCGAGCAUCAAGUUUCCCAACAGGACAUGAACAGCCUUGCUCUUGUAAUAGAUGGGAAAUCUUUGGGCUUCGCCCUCGAUAGCGAAAUUGAAGACUAUCUAUUAUCGGUGGGAAAGUUGUGCAAAGCUGUGAUCUGCUGCCGGGUUUCGCCCUUACAGAAAGCCUUAGUUGUAAAAAUGGUCAAGAGAAAGACAGGAUCGCUUCUGCUUGCUAUCGGAGAUGGUGCGAACGAUGUUAGUAUGAUCCAGGCAGCUCACGUUGGUGUCGGAAUUAGCGGUAUGGAAGGCAUGCAAGCAGCCCGGUCUGCAGACUUUGCCAUCGCACAGUUCAAAUAUCUCAAGAAACUUUUGUUGGUCCAUGGCUCAUGGUCUUAUCAAAGAAUUUCUCAGGCGAUCUUGUACUCCUUUUACAAAAACAUCGCGCUGUAUAUGACACAAUUUUGGUACGUUUUCGCAAACGCAUAUUCUGGUCAGUCCAUUAUGGAAUCCUGGACGAUGACAUUCUAUAAUGUCUUUUUCACGGUGUUGCCCCCAUUUGUUUUGGGAGUUUUUGACCAGUUUGUUAGCAGCCGUCUUCUUGACCGGUACCCCCAGCUUUACAAAUUAGGACAAAAAGGCCAGUUCUUCUCAGUCACCAUCUUUUGGGGAUGGGUUAUUAAUGGUUUUUACCACUCCGCUGUGACGUUUAUUGGCUCCAUAUUAUUUUACCGAAACGGCGAUGUUCUAAAUAUGCACGGGGAAACAGCAGAUCACUGGACGUGGGGUGUGUCAAUAUACACAUGCAGCGUCAUUAUCGUCAUUGGCAAGGCAGCUUUGAUAACUAACCAGUGGACAAAGUUUACAGCUUUUGCAAUCCCAGGUUCCUUUGUAUUCUGGCUUGUGUUUUUCCCCAUCUAUGCUAGCAUUUUCCCACAUGCAAACGUUUCAACAGAAUAUUAUGGUAUUGUCUCCCACGUUUAUGGGUCUGCAACUUUCUGGCUAAUGUGUAUCGUUUUGCCCGUCUUUGCGCUUCUUCGUGACUUCGCUUGGAAGUACUAUAAGAGGACCUAUACACCAGAGAGCUACCAUGUGGUUCAGGAAAUGCAAAAAUACAACAUAGGCGAUUAUAGGCCGCGGGUUGAGCAAUUCCAAAAAGCCAUCCGCAGGGUUAGACAAGUUCAAAGAAUGAAAAAACAGAGGGGCUUUGCAUUCUCUCAAAGUGAAGACAGUGGCCAAGAUAAAGUCAUUAGGAUGUACGACACCACUCUGAAGAGAGGUGUGCACGGCGAAUUACAAGAUGCUUCCGCAAAUCCCUUUAGAGACAGUUAA